AAAAAAAAUGAUAGCAACACUGUGUCUGUCACUCGCACAUGGUUAUUUUGGUUGUUUCAUAAUAUGUUUACAAUUACCUGAAUAGAUCGUUUUCAUUUAAUUAGAGCUUCACUUUAUUUUUGACUGAAGUUUAUAUCUGCAUGUUCUGUGUUAGAUAUUCAAAAUGCAAGUUUUUGAAAUAGACAAUGUUAAAAUUUACAACCUAAGUGCAGGAAAGUCUCUUCCUGAUUGGUUGUCAGAGAGGAAAAAGCAUGCUCUUUUAAAGAAAAAUGUAGAUUUGAGAAGAAGAGUUGAACUGAUUCAGGAGUUUGAUAUGCCUGGAGUAAGCACAUCUCUGAGAGCAUCUAAAGAUGGUCAAUAUAUAAUGGCAACUGGAAUUUAUAAGCCAAGGAUUAAAUGCUUUGAUGUUAACAACUUAUCUCUAAAGUUUGAAAGAUGCUUGGAUUCUGAAGUAGUCGCAUUUGAAAUUUUGAGUGAUGAUUAUACAAAGAUUGUAUUUCUGCAAUGUGAUCGUUAUGUUGAGUUUCAUGUGGGCCAUGGUCGUCACUAUCGCUUGAGAGUUCCAAGAUUUGGUAGAGAUAUAGUUUACCACAAGCCAUCAUGUGACUUGUUUGUAGUUGGUGCUUCAUCAGAAGUGUACAGAUUGAACUUAGAACUGGGUCAAUUUUUAGCACCAUUUUCUACAAAGGCAAGUGAAAUAAAUGUGUGUGCUGUAAAUGAAGAACAUGGAUUACUCAUUCUGGGCACUGAAAGUGGCCAUGUGGAAGCAUGGGAUCCUCGCACAAAGUCUAGACAAGGAAUAUUAGACUGUGCAUUACAUUGUACAGAAUCUGAGUAUAGAAACAACAAUAUUCCUGCAAUUAGUGCCCUGAAAUUUGAUGGUCCUUUAAAAAUGGGUGUAGGCACUACUACUGGCCAUGUUUUGUUAUAUGAUAUAAGAUCAAGUAAGCCACUAUUAAUAAAGGACCAUAUGAACGAAAUACCCAUCAAGAAAUUGGAAUUUCACAAACAAAUGGAUUUUGUUUAUUCAAUGGAUGCAACAGUUCUUAAGAUUUGGAAUAAAAACACAGGUAAACAAUACACAAGCAUAGAAUCAUCAGUUGAUUUCAACGAUCUAUGUGUGAUCCCCAAUACUGGUCUUAACAUGAUGGCUGUGGAAGAUCAAAAAAUGCAAAUAUAUUACAUACCAUCAUUGGGGCCUGCUCCAAAGUGGUGUGCAUUCUUAGACAAUUUAACAGAAGAGCUAGAAAGCUCGGCAUCUCAGACAGUUUAUGAUGACUAUAAAUUUAUCACAAAGCAGGAAUUGGAAUCACUUGGUUUGGAUCAUCUUCUUGGCACUAAUCUGUUGAGAGCAUAUAUGCAUGGAUUCUUUGUAGAUGUAAGACUUUAUAAGAGAGCUAAAUCGAUAGCAGAUCCAUUUGCAUUUGAGGAAUACAAAAAGCGCAAAAUUCGAGAGAAAAUUCAACAAGACAGGCCAUCUAGGCUUAAAAUUGAAGAUAAUCUACCUAAAGUCAACAGAGAUUUGGCUUCACGAAUUAUGGAUAGUGAGGGUCGGAAAAAGAAGCAAACAAACAAUUUGCUUAAAGAUGAUAGAUUCAAGGCAAUGUUUGAGAAUCCUGAUUUUGAAGUGGAUAAAAAUGCAGAUGAAUAUAGACUACUCAACCCUGUACUGUCCAGAUUGGAUAAAGAUCAAACUAAGAAAUCGGAACCAGAAUCUUUGGAAGUGACGCAAGAUAAAGAGGAUGAAGAUUCAGAUCGUGAGUUAUACAGUUUGACUGAUGAUGAAACUUCAGAUGAGGAUAGAUCGUGGGUAAAAGAUGUCAAGAAGCAACACAAAAUGAUAAGAUGGCAAAAAGAGAACCAAUCUGAGUCUGACGAUCCUGAAUCUGCAAAACAAAAAACUCCAAGGGCAGCAAAUAUUGUCAAGAGUAUAAAUAGAAUUAGCAAAGCUAGUUUAGGCGAGCGACUUUCUAAAGAAGGAGCUUCAACAAUAGUCACCGGCACGGGGGGCAAUAGGGAGAUGAAAUUCGCAAUGAGAGGAAAAAAAUCCGAAGUCGAUAAAUUCAAGAAAAAUAAGAAGCAUUUCGAAGAACGGAAACAAAUUGUCAGAAGAACAGGAUUCCUUUUGAAAAAGAAAAUGCCCAAAAUGUUUUGA